CAAAAGCGUAGUAUUCUAACGUCGAGCGAUUGCGCAACCAUUUACUUGUGUUUGGGGAUCUCACGUUAGACGUUAUAUAAGAGAGAAUGUCAAAACAAAGUGCACAUGAUGCGGCUGUGUUGGACGCUGUUUUUAAUCCUCUUCUACCAGUAGGACAAGAAAUUCCGGAAGAACAACCAGAAGAGAUACUAGAGGCUGAAAUUCAGGAUGAGUCUGAUGAUGAUAAGAGAGCAAAGGAACUUGAGGUUGAAGGAGUGAAGAGUGCCGAGGCCAAUGAUUUCGAUGCUGCAUUGAACUACUUCAGUCAAGCUGUAUCCAUUGCUCCUAACAGGGCAUCAUGCUAUAACAACAGGGCCCAAGCUCUUCGUCUAAGAGGAGAUGUAGAUGGAGCUCUAGAGGAUUUGAACCAUGCGAUUGAGCUGAGCCAGGGUCGUGGCAAGGCCGCCUGCCAGGCUUACACCCAGCGAGGGCUCAUCUACAGGCUGGAGAAGAAAGACGACGAGGCGUUGGCCGACUUCAAGCGCGCUGCUAACCUCGGCAGCCCCUUCGCCCGUACACAGGUCAUCCAGAUGAACCCUUACUCUGCCAUGUGCAACCAGAUGCUGUCUGAGGUCAUAGGUCAGCUUAGGGAAGAACAAUGCCAAGAUUGAGAGGGUCGGUGGACUGUUGCUCAAGAAAGAACAGCUACUGUUGUAAAGCAGUGAUGAUGGUGCAGAGGGUGGUCUGACAAGUGCUCCUGCAUCGUUUGCUCCUGAUUAUCUCAUCACAGAUGUAGGGUUGUUGGGGGGGGGGGGGGUAGGUAAGGUGUAGGGUUAGGGUUGGGGUUGCAAUUGUCAUUUUAUGUAAGGUUUAGUGCUUCGGUUAGGGUUUUGCGAUUGGGCCUUCGGUCUUCAGUAAGUUUUAUGGUUAUACCAGGUAACCAGGUAUAGUGUUUGGUCCUGAGUUGAAGAUAGGAAUUCAGAUAGCGUAGUGAAUUGUCUGCUGAGCGAUUGUCAUCUGAGCAUGUGUCGUAGAACCAUGAUGAUUUCAUCAGGACGACAAACAUGUUGGACUACUGUUGAAAAACUGCUUCUCUUGCACAGCACUGAUGAGUUCAUCUCCACAUGCAUGUGCAGUAGAUGAAACAUUAGCUGGAAAGUGUUAUCAUUCGUUCAUGAAGUGUGGGGAGAAAGUGAAGAUUGUCAUCAUAUUUUCAUAAGGUGAAGAUAAUUUGAUCAUUACACAUGUGCAAAUGUUUCUCAAACACCAUUUCUUCCUGGUACUUGUCUAUAUUACAUUUUCUGUAGCAUGCUUGAAAAUUAUAUUACCAUUUUAAAACUUCAUGAAUAGUGAAUGGGUUUGUCAAACAGCUAGGCAUAUUUACAAUGUAUGCCAGUAACUGCUUUUUCAACUACCUGUAUAUGUUGGGUCUAUUUCAACAGCAUGAUAAGUGUCUAUACUUACUUUAAGCAUAAAUAUCUUGCCUGUACUUGAGUGCCUAUGAAAAAUGUAAAUCUCAACAUCAAUUGAUCCAAAAACACAUAAUGUAGAACACAUUCAGUCAACACAGACUUUCUGAAAAACAACCGUUUAGGCUGAGAGAGUAACCAUGUUUAAAUAAAAUAAUUGAAACACAAGUCUAGUAAAUCCUUAGAAAUGCUAGAUUUCCUGGCAUACAGUUGUCAGUAUUCAAAGUUUUCAUAUUGUUUGUAAAUAUCAUGAGUUUGACCUUAGCAGAUGCUGUUGUUUACUCAUGGUAUAUAUGUUACAGUACGUUGUGUACCCUUGCUAAGCUCAAUCAUUGCAAGUGCAUGUUGGUGGAUAUUCUUUUGUUGUGAACUUCACAUACAACCGUUUCAAGUCAUAGGAUAUCAUUUUAUAGCCGUUUCUAGUUCAAUCAUUCAACUAGAAUUAUUGAUGAUGUGAAGGAAAAAAGUCAUGAUUUUGGCAAUUAAACUAUACUUAUACAUGCACAAUUUUGAAUUCAUUUAACAUCAAGUACCAGUAUACGUAAAUUAGCUGCUGACUACCUGUAAUGGUUUUUGGCAAUCAGGCUAAGUGCAAUGUUUUAAUGGAGUGACCUGAUUCUAUUGUAGGUGAUGCCCUUCAAAGACAAAAUUAUCACGAGUGUCCAUGAUCGUAACCGGCUGAAGUAGAAUUUUUAAAAAGUAGAGGGGGAGGUGGGGGAGGGAGCAAAGAAAAUCAAUCCAUGGAUAAAACUAUAAUGAAGAAAACAAAUGCACUGGAAUUAUUUAUCAAAGAAUAACAUUUGUAGAUUACAUCCAUGUGGAUCUACAAGCAAUUUAAAAACAGAUGUACACCAUGACCUGUAUUCUACUCAAAUCUAAAACCAGAGCCAGGUUUACUCCUUUUUUAAUAUAAAUAUGGGUUAAAGUGGGAUUGCACUACUUGUAGCAACUUGCACCCUCUAUAUAGCAAAUAAUGCCUAAGCGAUACCCGUUGGUCCCCCAUGAUCACCUUUUUCUUAUGUUAAUUGAGAGCUCAGUUUGAUCAGAUAACCACCUGACAGUGACCACACAGGGAGGUCUAAUCCCUCCUGGCCAAACUAGUGCAGACAGGCUUUAAAUCUGGUUUAACAAAGGAAGUUAGUCCGAUGUCUGUGAUUUCAUUUGUGAUCUCAGAUUUAGGGUGAAGUUUAACUGAAUUAGUAGAAUACAGAAUAAUUGGGAAAAUGAAAAGAGGCAUAUAUACAAGGUAUUAUCUUUUGAUGCAUGAAUUUAUCUUUAUUCAUGUGAGGUUGGAGUGGUUCUGAAAAAAUUUCCACAUGUUAUUGGAGGCUAUUUGUUGAAUAUUUGAUUUAAUGUGUUUGUAUAUGAUAUCAUGGAGGAAAUGUUUGAGAAUAAACAGUUUCUCAUCAAAAUAUGUAUUCUGGAAUGUUCUAUAUUGAAAAUGCUUAUAAAUGUAAAUGACAUCUGGAGCAGAUUCAAA